ACAGUCAGAGGAUAGGCCCGCUUAUUUUAAAGAGGGAAAUUAGCUGCUAUGUUAGUCUGAAGAAAGUACGCAGUGACAAGUCGAUAAAACCGGACACAGACCUCCAUUGGAACAUUUCAUUCAUUCAGCAGCAGAGAAAGUUUUCCCAGAUGGAAGUUGAAUGUCUCGCACUGAAAGACCUCACAAGUCCCAGGAAAGGUUUCACGGAUGAGGAUGGGGGCCACGGUGAACAAAAGGAAAACAUCUGCUCGGAGAGAAGGUGGUCCACGCCACUGAAAUCAGCAGAGUCCCCCAUCCCUGUCUUGCUGAUGGGCAGAAAGGGGUCCACCCCCGACCUGGCCCACAUCACCCCCAUCAAACACACAGCCCUGGCCGAGCCCUGGACGCCCACGGCCAAUCUCAAGAUGCUGAUCAGUGCGGCGAGCCCAGACAUCCGGGACAGAGAGAUGAAAAAGGUGCUGUUUCGACCCAUCGAGAACGAGAAGGACAAGCCGGCAAGUCCAGAUACUGUGGCGGAGGAUACGGAGGUGGAAGACUCUUGUCAGUUUGAAGCUGUGGAUGAAGAAGAUGACGCUGACAAAAAGCCGAGCAGGAAGCAGAAGAGUCUGGGUCUGCUGUGCCAGAAGUUCCUGGCCCUCUACCCCGACUACCCACCGCCGCACAGCCCCAUCUGGAUCUCUCUGGAUGAGGUGGCGACCAGUCUCGGAGUGGAGCGGCGGCGUAUCUACGACAUCGUCAACGUGCUGGAGUCCCUCAUGAUCGUGGGUCGGAUCGCCAAGAACAGCUACACCUGGUACGGUCGCCUGCGGCUGGAGGCCACGCUGGAGGAGCUGCAGCGGAGGGGUCGGCAGCAGGGCUACCAUCUCCAGAUGGACCUGGCCAUUGAGAGCAGGGGGGCCGGACCGGGGCGCGAGGACGACGGGGCGGACGGAGACGCCGGUAACGCUGGUGGCAACAGGAAAGACAAAUCUCUGCGCAUCAUGAGCCAGAAGUUUGUCAUGCUCUUCCUGGUGUCCAAGACUCAGACGGUUACUCUGGACGCAGCAGCAAAGAUCCUCAUCGAGGAGAGUCAGGACUCGUCCAGUCACAGCAAGUACAAAACUAAGGUGCGGCGGCUGUACGACAUCGCAAAUGUGCUGACCAGCCUGGGCCUCAUAAAGAAAGUCCAUGUCCGUGAGGAGAGAGGCAGGAAGCCGGCCUUCAAGUGGCUCGGCCCCGUUGACUUCAAAAGCUCUGGAAGUGCUGCUGUAGGAAAUACUGUGAACGUGGCAACCAUCACUCUGCCUGAGGCCACGCAGCCGAUGUCGGGCCUGGACCUCAGAAGAGCCAAGAUGGCGCGCCACGCCUCCUUCAACAUCACACCCACUUCCGUGGCCGUACAGCGGCUGGUCAACUCUGCACCCAGCAGUCCACGACGAGACCUUAUGGGUCUGCCAACCCAGCCUGUGGAUUAUUCCAGAAAGACAAUAAGCAACAGCGCGGUGUGUCGACUGCAGUUCGGAAACGGCCCCGAUAACCGUCCUGCCAGCAGCAGCCCGCUGGCUCCGUCCUCCACCCGUCCCGCCCCGCUCGCACCACCCGUCCACCCGGAGCACCUCUUCGCCACUUCCUCCUCCCCCUCCCCCCACUGCUUGGCCUACCUGCCCAGCCUGUCCCAGCCCUCGGUGGUCAUGCUGUACCGGGCGCCGGACAAGCCUGACUGGGUGCCCGCCGGUCUGAGGUCGCCCGGGGCGGAGUCUGAGGAAGGGAGGAAGAGGCGGAGGGAAGAGGAGGGGACGGGGGCGAAAAAGAAAGGGACGUCCGGGUCAGACAGAUGCGACGAGGUGAGAGAUGAACCUCGCAGGGAAGCAGCAGAGGGCUCGCUAACGGGUCACCCCAGGACUUCCCCCAGUCGCCCAGCAGGUCUCAUCAGAGAGCAUAGGCUCGAUGAGAGUCCAGGCAGCAGUGAGCCCCCCCAACCAUCGCACUACCUCUAUGUACCCAACAAUGCAGGUCUGAACGGUCUCAACUUCCUCCUCUCUGCUGGCCAAACACCAGCCGGUCUAGCACUUCCCCACAGUGGCGUUCCCACCCUGGCACUGCCCUACGUCCUAGUGCCCUCUGCCGCCCUCUCCCACUACCCCCUGGUGGCCGGCGGCAUGUCGCCCGCCCACUUUAUGGUUGGGGUGGCGGCGGAGAUUGGCGGGUCGCCGGCUCCAUCGCCGUCCAUUCCAGAACAGAGCGGUCUGUACGGCUCAGCAGCCGGAGCUCCACAUUCCCCCUCAGGACUGCAUCAGACUGUCAGCAUCCACACACCAGAACCACUGACUCCACACACUCCGAAGGAAACCGCUCCGUCUGCCUCUAGGGCUUUCUUCCAGACCCCAGGCACACUGGGAAGUGUAGUCAGCGCUGCGCCGGCUGCCCGAAAAAGAGGCUCGGCACAGAGGAGACUGGACGUCGGCCACCCGCCAACCAACCAGUUGGACAUGUGAGGAGAUGGAGGGGUUGGCUAACAUGCUGUUUUAACACUCAGGUGUUUGUCCUGAAAGUGAAAAAAAAAUGGUUUUAAAACCACUGGUGCUUUGUUAUAAACUGUAUGAAUAUAAACUUAAGCAAAACACUGUCAGCGGAGAACUCAAAUGAAGUCUUUCCUAAGAUACAAAACAAUCCGAUAUCUGACAUUUUGCUAAUGACUGUCAGUUUUUAACCAAACUCUUCCGUUAUUGGUCCGAAUGUGCCUCAUCACACAAGAUUUCAGAGUGCAUGAGUGAAGCAGUAUUGCCAGUGUCACAGUGCCCUCCUGUGGUGGGAGUCGGUCACUGCUAUAUUUAAUAUUUCAGCCUUAAUUCCCCCUCCCAGACGUGAUCAGGCUACCUAAUUCCCCCGUACCUUGUGUAUCAUAGGCCAAUUGCUAUUUAUAUUUUAGCUAAUAUAUGUUGAUUACAGGGACUGUAAUGGAACAUUAACUGUGUUUUUAGCACUAAGCAUCUGACAGAAUGUCUGUCUAAUUUUGAAGUGAUUGUUGUUAAGUCGGCCCCUUCAGUUUUUGUUUCAUUAUCACGGUAUAAUAGAAAUUCUAUUAGCUGCAGAUUACCAGUUUUUUUUUUUUUUUUUUUUUUUUUUAUACAUGGACAG